UCCUAAAUAAUACCUCGUUAUGAUGUUUGAUACAUCCUUUCUGAUAAGUAUGGUUUUAAGAGCGAAAAAGAGGCCAUGCAUAGAAAACAGGUUAGCAGACCAAGCAGCAAUCAUGCCGUCAGAAAGCGAAAAGAUGGGAGAAUUUCAAGAGAAAUUAGAUACUUUUAUCAAUGAUUUGAAGCAAGGGCACAUCCAAGGUUCCUAUACAGUUGCACACAACACAGUUCACAUAUUGAGAGGAAUUAUUUCCAAUAUGAAAUGGAGAAAUGCAAGUGAAGUAAUGAGCCUAAUUUGUAAGGAGGGAAAGAAGAUAAUAGAUGCGCAACCUUCUGAGUCUGCUGCGGGAAAUAUGGUGAGAAGAGUUUUGAAGAUUAUAAGGGAAGAGUCUGCUAGUGUCAAAGGAAAACAUGAAGAUGGGGAAGCCCAAGAAUCAUUACAUAACCUCUUACUUGCAGAAGGACAAAUUGAUUAUUCACACAUUGGCUCUCAUAGUUUAAAGGCACCUCUCAUAGAGGCCAUAGGGGAACUUAUUACAGAACUUGAAACAAGUGCUGAUAACAUAGCUGUACAGGCAUUGGAACAUAUCCAUGCCAACGAAAUUGUCUUGACUGCUGGCAAAUCAAGGACUGUAGAAGCAUUUUUAGUGAGUGCUGCGAAAAAAAGACGGUUCCAGGUAAUUGUUGUUGAAUGUGCUCCAUUUUAUCAUGGUCAAGAGUUAGCAGUUAAACUUGCCAAUGCUGGAAUUGAGACAACAGUAAUCACAGAUUCUGCCGUGUUUGCAAUGAUGUCCAGAGUCAAUAAAGUGAUCAUAGGAACACACACAGUCAUGGCUAAUGGAGGGUUAAAAGCUAUAAAUGGUAGCCAUGCUAUUGCAUUGGCAGCAAAACAUCAUUCUGUUCCUUUAAUUGUGUGUGCACCAAUGUUUAAAUUAUCUCCUCAGUACCUUUGUUCAUAUGACCAAGAUGCCUUUAACAAGUUUGUGAGUCCACAUGAUGUGAUGAAAUUUUCAGAAGGGGAAAUUUUGUCACAUGCCCAAAUACAGAAUCCAGUAUUUGAUUAUGUGCCACCAGAACUUGUUACACUUUUUAUUUCAAAUAUUGGAGGCAAUGCACCAUCUUAUGUGUAUAGACUUCUGAGUGAACUGUACCAUCCAGAUGACCACUACUUGUAGGCAACGAACUGAGGCAGUGGAUAUUAACUUUUAUCUUGAUGUCUCACAAGACUUUUCCAAGAUGCUAAUCGUGGAACCUCAAACAUUUUUACAGAGUAUGAUAAAAAUUGGCAUCAUGUUGGGUUAAGGUUACUACUUUCCAAUUUUUUAUGCAUUAAAUUGAAAGGGAAAGCGAAUAAAAAGAUCCAAUAAAA